AUAAAAAAGUUAAUUUUGACAUUUCGCUCAAAUCAAUGCUUUCAUUGAUCUGAAAAUCGGUCUUUUUUAUAUAAAUAAUGGCAAAACAACAAGGCAAAAUAUAUUUGGGCUAUGAAGAUGAAACGAUUGGUGAUAGAAAUCAAACCUUAUUGAAUUAUACAGUGAAUAAAAUCGGAGGCCUGCCCGACUGGCCACCUCUUGAAAAUCUACAAAUUACAACGAAAUGCCCUCUUUGUGGUCUACACAGACUUCUUGUUAUACAAUGUUAUGCACCACUUGAGAAUUCUAUUUAUCAUCGCACUCUAUAUGUUUUCGCGUGUAUAAAUCCUAAUUGUUGGAUUCAAUCUGAAAGUUGGUUGUGUGUAAGAAGCCAGUGCCAAGAUAAUUCCUCUAAGGAGUCAAGAGCUAUUGUUACCCUCCCUAACCCAGACACUGCACUGUCUUGGUGUCAGGGGGCUGAUGAAUGGGAUGAGAAUGACAAUGAUACAGCUAAUGGAAAUUUUAUGAAUGUUGACAAUGCUCCCAGCCCCAAUAAUGCUGUACAGAGAAAUUCUGAUGAAGAUGAAGAGAGCAAUUCAUAUGAAUUGGAAAAUGUGGAACAAGCCUUUGGAAACCUCCAAGUAUUUGAUGCUCACAAUGCGAACAUGUCACCCAUACAAGGAGCUAUGGGUGCAAUUGGAGCUCCAGCGGCCGCAGCAGAGUUAGAGGGGGGUGAUGAGCCAGGGUUGGUCACUGUUGACACACCAACAGCUCCCACCAGUGAUAUUGAGGCCUUACUGCAACAAACCGCAGAACUGCCUCCUGACUUGAGAAGUCGACUGAUGUGUGGUCCAUUACAAUUUGUGCCGAAAUAUAUUUACGUUGAAGAAGAGUGGAAGAAGUUAAUGGGUAAUGAUGAUAGAGCUAAUGAAUUGCUAAAUAAAUAUAAAAUUGAAAAUGAAAUUGAAGUUUGUGCUGGUGACCGAGUUGUAGGUGGAGGUGGAUCUGAUGAAGAACCUUAUGAGGAAGCGGCACCUUUACAUGGUGAUAGAUUAUUCCAUGCCUUUAUUACACGACUGCGCAAUCAUCCAGGACAAAUACUUAGGUAUUCUAGGGAAGAACCCCCAAUCCUGGGUGCGCCACUGCCAAGUACUGCAAGUACCCCAGACACUCCAAAUAUGCCAACUAUUUGUUCACGCUGUGGUGCAAGACUCACCUGUGAGCUACAACUUGUGCCUGAGUUUGCUGAAACUCUCCGCUUGCUACCCACCAACUUAUCUCUUGCCCACUUACAUUUUCUCUCUGUACUGAUAUUCACUUGUUCACAAAGUUGCUGGCAAUCAUCCGAUACAUUGGUAAAGGAAUUUGUUGUCUUUCAACCUGAGGUUGUGUAAAUUAAGCAUUUUGUUGACUGUUUUGAUGCUUUUUGUCCUUCUAAAGUUGUUAAAAUUACAAUAUUUAUGUUUAUGAAAGGAGAGGUCGUGGUUACGACAGAAUCUAUAUUAUGACAUGGUAGACACAAGGCUGGAAUAAAGAAGACAAUGAAAGGUUUUAGCAAUUACAUAAAAUUAAAUGUUCGCAAUAAAUGAUCACAAUUUUACCCGUGACUUAAACUUUAUAUUUAUUACUGUACUGUGAUCGUGAGUUUUUCCACUAGGAUUAUAAUGAUUUCAAUAUUUAUAGAUGUCUAUGAAAGUCAAUAAUUGUUAUUUCUAAUAUUAUAUAGUGGACUAAUGUCUAAUGUAAGCUUAAUUUAUUUUUUGCUGUAUGAUAUUCUCACAUGUUUACUCAAUCAAUUUAUAAGAUAAUACGCUAGAGAAUCUUUGUAAUUAAUUUUGUAACAUUGCAAUGUUUGCUAUAUUCUGAAUUUUUAUGACUAUUUAUCACACUUAAGGAAUAUGCAAUAAUUUUUACUAUUAUGUAUUUCAGUUGGCAUUUUCAAAGUAUAUUGCAAUUAGAGCUUUCUUACAAUUUGUAAGUAGUCAAGUAAUCUCUAGUAUUGCAUUUUACAAUAAAAUCAUAGUGUGUACCUAUAUUAAAUAUCCUUAAAUGUCCAUGAAUAACUGCCAGGUAGAAGUAAGAGUAUUAAAAAAAGUAAAAGUUAAGAAGUAUGUGCUUUCACUAUGUUAAGUGUUUCUUUUUAUUAGACUAUAGACUACUAUCUGCCUGUAACACGUCCUAUAGUCACAUCGUAUAGCUUCUUUAGAAUUCAAAUUAUAAUAUAUUUAAACCAAAAUAUAGUUUUCAAAACUAAAAUCCUUAAAUUGUUUAAAAAUUCUUAAAUUUAUAUAAAGAAAGAUGUUUAUAAAUUAUGUAUAAUAUCAUUGUUUAAUACUUUUAUCAGUUCUCUCAAAGAGUGUUAUGUAAAACUAUCUCUAUAAUUUAUAAAGUUUGAUUUGCAAAAUCUUAACGACAAAUAAACAUAAUAGUGUGUUUGCUAGUUAGGUACAAUAGAGUAAAAAGCCUUGUUACUCAAGAAUGCUCAAUGGAUACAUAGAAUAUGUAUUGCAUUGUUUAAUGUUAUCCAUCUUUAUCUAAAUAAUUGGUAAUAAUUACUCUUUAAGUAUUUACUAAUUAAUAUGUAGCAUAAAAAAAUAAAAUCUGUUUUCCGAUCCAUUAAACCAUAUUGCCUAUAAAAACGUCAAUCACUGUAGUUCGUGGGAAAUAAAAUGUGUAAGUUA